UGGUGGGCGGAGUUCUGCCGAGUGGCGCGCAGCCGCCCCUAUUGUCCCGCCCCCUACUCCGCAGGAUUCGAGCCGGAGCGACCUGGGCGUCUUGAGGGGUCAGAGAGUUGGCUGCGAGCCUUCGGCCGGUAAGCGAGCGUAGGCUACGAUCCCGCAGCGAGAGGAGGCAAGCUGGGCUCCAGGCUCCAAAGCCGGUGGCCGCGGGCCGCGGUGGAGCCUCUGUCUUCGAGGUCGGAGGAGAGAACGGUGAUAUCCUGAGAGAAGAUGGGAAAGGGCUGCAAGGUUGUGGUUUGUGGAUUGUUAUCUGUGGGGAAAACUGCAAUUUUGGAGCAGCUCCUUUAUGGAAAUCAUACUAUUGGAAUGGAAGAUUGUGAAACAAUGGAAGAUGUGUACAUGGCUUCAGUAGAAACAGAUCGCGGAGUAAAAGAACAGUUACAUCUUUAUGACACCAGAGGUCUACAGGAAGGCGUGGAGCUGCCAAAACAUUAUUUUUCAUUUGCUGAUGGCUUUGUUCUUGUGUACAGUGUGAAUAACCUUGAAUCCUUUCAAAGAGUGGAGCUUCUGAAGAAAGAAAUUGACAAGUUCAAAGACAAAAAAGAGGUAGCAAUUGUUGUAUUAGGAAACAAAAUCGACCUUUCUGAGCAGAGACAAGUGGAUGCUGAAGUGGCACAGCAGUGGGCAAAAAGUGAGAAGGUGAGACUGUGGGAGGUGACUGUUACUGAUCGGAAAACUCUGAUUGAACCAUUCACUUUAUUAGCAAGUAAACUUUCCCAACCCCAGAGCAAAUCAAGUUUUCCUUUGCCUGGGAGGAAAAACAAAGGGAACUCUAGCUCUGAGAACUAAAAAUCAGUAAUUCUACAAUUGUAUGUUGAACAGUGAUCGCCUUUAAGUGUCUGUGAACGUGGAGUAAUAUUACCGUUUAAAAUAGGCCGUCUGUAUCUACCUUUGGUCCUUAGGAAGAUUCCUAAGGAAGUCAUUUAAUGCACUUUAGAUGUUAUAAUUAAUUACUUGGGCUAAGUUUAUUAUUGCCUGAUAUGAAAUAAUAUAUUCGUACUCUCAUUGUUUGAAACCUGUCUUUGAAAUGAGCACCUUUGUUUUUUAUGUUGUACUUGUGAAAACAGUAAAAAGUUUGGGUAGUUAUGCAAAUGCACAUACUUGUGUAUUCCUCCCAACCCCAAGGUGUUUGAGAAUAUACCAUAUUCAUUCUGUGUAACAUUAUGCAAAAUGUUAAAGUAAACGAACAUAGCAGUAUUAGGUGGUGGUUUUUAAUAUUGUUUAUUAGCACAGUAACAAAUGCAGACUUUAGUAGUCCACAACAUAACCAAUCCACUGAGCAACUCCUAUUCCACGCCUUACAGUUAACAGCUUAAGGUAUUUCACUACAGGUUUUCACAAGUCCUGAUUCAGACCUUUUUAAACAAAGCAGAUUGGCAUAUAAAAUAAAACAGUCCUUUUUAUAUGGUGUUUUACAGCCACGUGUCCACUUCAUAUAUAUGAGAUGACAGUCUCUAAAAACUCUGUUUAAAUAUCAAUGUUCCCUUCCAAGAAGGGAAAACAAAUUCCAAUUUUGUUUUAAACAAAAAUUAUGUAGUCUUACAGGGACUUUACAUAAAUGGCCAUAUGUGUAACCUGUGCAAAAUUAAGCUGUUUUAAAUUUACAGACUAAAAGCAACUGAACCCGAAUGUCUAAAUGUACAUUCUUUUCCGUACUACAUUUUAGCUAAUAUUGCAGAACUAAUGACAAUUUUAAAAGUUGCUAUUACCAAUUCUGUCUACUGUAGCAAGAUACCUUAAGUUACAACAAAAUCUUAGGAAAUAAGACUGAAUAAUAUCUGUUAUAGAAAUACCCUACUCUUUACCAACUUCCCACCCUCCCUGACCCCUUCAAAAUCAUAAGCAGCUCUCUUCUGUGACAGACAAAUAAUGUAAGAAUUGUGAAAACCCAAUUUAUGUAGCGUAUCUCUUGGUCCACUGUCUGGCCAUUCUGUCAUGUUCUGCUCUGUUGGUCAUAUACUGAGUGGCAAUACUUCCCACCAGAGGGUCGGCUGGAAGAAAAGAAUGUAGGUUACUUUGGAGAAAGGAAAAGAACAUUUUAAACUUUAGCAAAUCAAUCAGUGACAGCUUGGGUAGACAGGUACAACAAAGUAUGUGUGAUCAAACCCAUCUUUGAAACACCACCAUGCUGGAUGUUGUUCUAUUAAAAAUUUAAAAACGUGGGGGAAGAGGGAAUGCUCAGGCUUCAGUGUACUGGUCAGUCUUUAUCUUAGUUCAUUCCAUUUUUCUCCCAACAAACAACACCCAAUUGGAGUGUCUGUACUCUUAGGUGUUAGGCUGAGUUCAAUACAGACUGGAAUGGUCAGAGCCCCAGGCUACAAUGAAUAUCCAACUGUGUUCACGUCACCUUUAGUUCAGUGUCACCAAUUACAGCAUUGUGAAUACUGUGAAGUCUUUGGGGCUGUUGCAAUGCAACACUAUUUACCUUUACAAGCUGGUUAAAGAUCCAGGCUGCCAGGUCAAAACCUGGACCUCCAAUUAAGUAUAGUGUUUCUCUGAAUCUUGGGAUCUUUAAUAACUAAAUUUAUAUUUGCUUUACCUAGAAA